GUCAUCACAUCAGCGAAAAGGUAACUUUUUGCUUAAUAAAUUUAUAUUAUAUUCUUUUCAAGAUUUUUGGGCAUCAGUCUCUAUUUAUCUCUCCACAUUAAUGAUCUCUUCAUCUACACAAUUAUCCCCUUUCUCUCAAACUCCCCCCAGCCUACUCCAUAAUUUCUACCAUCUAAUUGUUUCCCACGGACCAUGGGCCUCCAUAGUUAUAGCCAGUCAUUGGAUUCAUCCCGAGAAUCUCUUAGUUCUUAUGGACCUGUUUAUCCCGGGCCAAUGUCUUUUGAAAAUCUUGGUAUACCUCGUCACUGUUACUGCGGAGGGACGGUCGUACUUGGGAAUUCACUCUCCGAGGACAACCCUGGCAGGCAGUUUUAUCAGUGCGAGAAGAGAGAUGACCGACCUGGGCGCCAUCUUGUUAAAUGGUUGGACGAGGCAUUUAUGGACGAGAUUUCAGCGGUUAAGUGCUCUAUUAGGGAACAGGAAGAACACCUUAAGUUCCUACUUACCGCCCCUAACGGGGAGCACAUGGAUCUUGCCUUGAUGUGCGAUCGUCUGGACCUUUACCAGGAAGACAUUAAAUUGCUUCAGCAGAAUUUAUGUCUUUUGCAACGCUCCCCUCGUUCCAUUGUCGACGUCGCUCGUUCGUGUCCUAAAAUCAUCGUUCUCAUCCUUGCGAUUAUUGUCCCCGUAGCCGCGUUCGUGCUUGGCACUUAUAUGUAGCUUUAAUAGCUCUUUUUUCAUCCUUCGGCUAUUAUGUCCCCCAUUUUUUAUAUCAUGU